AUGCCGCGCCCAAGGCAUCUGACGACGGCUCUCCCUCGAGAGCUAAGAGCGGAGCUAGGGAUCAAAGAUAGUUAUGGCGAGAGAAAUCGAAACCAAAAUCGACCGGUAUCGCGCAAAGAGCGUCGCAAGGAAGAGAGACAUGGAAAGAGACAUAAUGAUCGUCCAAGGCAUAUGAACAGAAAACAAGCGAUUGAAAAGGAAUCUGAAGACGAAGACGAAAGCGAGGAUGAAUCCGUUAGCGAAGAAAGCGAGCAACCUGCGCCGGCGAAAGUGUCCAAACCGCAAGAGACGAAGACGAUCGACCGGAAACAUUCCGAACCCAAGCAGCCGACGAUAUCCAAAACUGUAAAGGACAAGCUUGCCCAAGAUGACAAGGAGAUUGAGGCUCUCGAAAAAAAACUUGGAAUUAAAGGGAAGAACAAGCUACCGAAAGCCUUUGAGGAGGACGGUCUUGCUGAUCUUCUGGGUGAUAUUGACGGUGAUUCGGAACAGGAGAAUAAUAAGAAACGGAAGCGUGAAGAGCGUGAAUGGCUACAGAGAAAAAGGAGAAGGGCUCAGGGUUUAGAAUCGGAGGAUGACGAGGAUGAUGAGGACGACAGCGAUGUUGGAAGUUGGGAUGGACUAGAAGAAUCUGCAGAUGAUGACGAGGAGGAAGACGUCGAGUCAGAUGAGGAUCUCGAAAGCGCAGAAGAAGGAUCCGAAGGCUUUGAAGGGUCUGAUGAAGAUAUGGAGAGCGAACGUAAAUCGUUGGACGAACCCAAGGAGAAGCGGGUUCGAGAAAAUCCCUACGUUGCGCCACCCACAAAAACGCCUUCUACCACAAAAUACAUUCCUCCAUCCAUGAGGGCCGCAGCAGGAAGCAAAUCAGAAGAAGAUGCGCGUUUGCGCCGGCAGGCACAGGGUUUGCUGAACAAGCUUUCGGAAGCCAAUUUGAUCUCCAUCUUGAAUGACGUCGAAAAAUUAUAUCGAGAGAACCCACGUCAGAGUGUUACUUCGACAUUAAUAACACUUCUACUUACUCUAGUAGCUGAUCGAGCAGCACUACAAGAUACUUUUAUCAUCCUGCAUGCUGGAUUCAUAGCGGGGCUAUACAAGCUAAUUGGAAUGGACUUUGGCGCCAUGGUCAUCCAGACUCUAGUAGAGAUGUUUGACAACUCGGCUGAUGAAAGGGGUCCGUUUACUGGAAAAGAACAGUUGAAUUUAGUGUCGCUGCUUUCACAACUUUACAACUUUCAUGUGGUUGGAAGCAAUCUGGUUUUUGACUACAUCCGGCUGUUUCUGGAGGAGAUCAACGAGACAAAUACCGAAUUCCUUCUCAAGAUUAUCCGGACAUCUGGACCUCAACUCCGUCAGGAUGACCCGUCAUCUCUCAAAGAUAUCGUGCUUCUCAUUCAACCAGCUGUAGCGCGUAUUGGUGAAUCAUCCCUGUCUGUCCGCACGAAAUUCAUGAUUGAGACCAUCACCGAUCUUAAGAACAAUCGCAUGAAAACCGGUGCAGUAGCAUCCAGCAUUUCAUCGGAACACACCACCAAGAUGCGCAAAAUAUUAGGCUCGUUGAAUAAUCGAAAUGUGCGAGCAACAGAGCCCAUCCGAGUUUCAAGGAGUGAUAUUCAGAACUCGGAUCGAAAAGGAAAAUGGUGGCUUGUAGGUGCUAGCUGGAAAGAGCGGGACCCACUCGAAGCUGCUCGCCAGGAACUAUCUACUUCUUCAACCGCUGUUACCUCGAAUAAAGUUCAAGCAGAUCAAGACAGCGACGGAGAGCCUGACCUUGCGGCUAUAGCCAAAGCGCAUCGCAUGAACACGGAUGUCCGACGUUCAAUCUUUGUAGCCAUUAUGUCUGCAACCGACUAUCGAGAUGCGCACGUCCGACUUUUGAAGCUACGCUUGAAAAAGAAUCAAGAAUAUGAGAUCCCCCGCGUCCUCGUCCAUUGCGCAAUGGAAGAAGAGGCUUACAAUCCCUACUACCACCUUAUCGCCCGCCGACUCUGCAGUGAGAUGGGCCGACGAAUCAAAAUGUCCUUCAUGUUCACGUUGUGGGAUAUAUUCAAGCGUCUAGGUGAGACCAAUGACCUUGACGAAGGGGGGAGCGACGACGAAUUCAACGGAUUCGACGAAGACGGCUCCAAUAAUGCAAAGCUAGACAUCAAGUCCAUCGUCAAUCUUGCCAAGAUGUACGGCAAUCUUAUCUGUGACAAUUCUGUGAACCUGGCGAUUCUGAAGAAUCUGAACUUUGCCUACUUGCAACCGAAAACAAGUACCUUUGUCGAAGUCUUGAUCAUCACAGUCUUCCAGCAAACUUCGCCAUCCUCAACACGCAAGUCAAAAUCUACAGAUCAGAAGAAACAGCCCGAAACCGAAGAAGAGCUUAAGGAAAAACAGGCUAUUCUUCUCACUCGCAUUUUCGCACAGACCCAUCAAACGGCGCCGCAUAUUGUCAAGGGAUUGAUCUAUUUUAUCCGCAAGGUGGUUGCCAAAUCAGAUAUUAUGGCUAGUAGCAAGGAGAAGAAAUUGGUUAAAUGGGGCUGUGGUGUUGUGACAAAUGCUUUGACUGGGCUUGAGAAUAAGGCUAAUUGA